CCCUUUCCCUCAGCCUCCCGGGAGCGUGACGCGGCGGCCCGGGGGCCUCCGGGCGCCUUCCGGGGCACGCGGGAUCGACAUGCACUUGGAUCAUUGCAGUUCCUGGGCCUGCUGUCAUCUCUCCCUUCAGUACUUCCCACAUAUGACUACCAACUGUUAGAGGAUGUGCUGCCAGACCAGCAUUUCAUUUCUUGGACAUCCGGCUAUUUACCCAGGAAAAGUCAUCCUUUGACUAUUUUUCAUGACCUUUUUCAUCUGACUCGUGAUCUGCCCAUCUUGUUACUCCCUAGCAGUGUGGUAAGAGGUCAACCAGAAUCAAGAUGUCUGGGACUGAGGAAGCAAUUCUUGGAGGACGUGACAGCCAUCCUGCUGCUGGCAGCGGCUCGGUGUUAUGCUUUGGACAGUGCCAGUACACAGCAGAAGAGUACCAGGCCAUCCAGAAGGCCCUGAGGCAGAGGCUGGGCCCAGAAUACAUAAGUAGCCGCAUGGCUGGCGGAGGCCAGAAGGUAUGUUACAUUGAGGGUCAUCGGGUAAUUAAUCUGGCCAAUGAGAUGUUUGGUUACAACGGCUGGGCACACUCCAUCACGCAGCAGAACGUGGAUUUUGUUGACCUCAACAAUGGCAAGUUCUACGUGGGAGUCUGUGCAUUUGUGAGGGUCCAGCUGAAGGAUGGUUCAUAUCAUGAAGAUGUUGGUUAUGGUGUUAGUGAGGGCCUCAAGUCCAAGGCUUUAUCUUUGGAGAAGGCAAGGAAGGAGGCGGUGACAGACGGGCUGAAGCGAGCCCUCAGGAGUUUUGGGAACGCACUUGGAAACUGUAUUCUGGACAAAGACUACCUGAGGUCACUAAAUAAGCUUCCACGCCAGUUGCCUCUUGAAGUGGAUUUAACUAAAGCGAAGAGACAAGAUUUUGAACCGUCUGUGGAAGAGGCAAGAUAUAACAGCUGCCGACCGAACACUGCCCUGGGACACCCACAGCUACAGGAGGUGACCUCCCCUUCCAGACCAAGCCAUGUUGUGAUACAGGCGGACAAGGACUGCAGCUCCCGAAGCCUGACCUCAUCCGCCGUGGAGAGCGAGGCCACCUACCAGCGGAAGCUCCGGCAAAAGCAGCUGCAGCAGCAGUUCCGGGAGCGGAUGGAGAAGCAGCAGGUUCCCGUCUCCACGCCGUCCUCUGAGAAGACAGCGCCUCCGGCCCCUCCUCUGACGCAUAGCACUCCUGUAACUGCCGUCUCAGAACCACUCCUGGAGAAAGACAUCCUUGCAGGAGUGACUCAAGAAUUAAUCAAGACUCUUGAAGACAACUCUGAAAAGUGGGCUGUGACUCCAGAUGCAGGGGAUGGUGUGGUCAAGCCCUCGUCUAGAGCAGACCGAGCCCAGACCUCUGACACACUAGCCUUGAACAACCAGAUGGUGACCCAGAACAGGACUCCACACAGUCUUUGCCACCAGAAACCACAAGCAAAAUCUGGAUCUUGGGACCUCCAAACUUAUAGCACUGACCAACGCAUAACAGGAAACUGGGAAUCUCAUAGGAAGAGCCAGGACAUGAAGAAAAGGAAAUAUGAUCCAUCUUAACUGAGGCUCAGGCCACGUGAUUAGACUCUGUCACAAAGGGACUUUGGAAAACUACUUUUUGGUCAUGAAAUUGUUCAUCACUCCUGGAGAAUGAGCUUCAUUGCGAUUUAUCUUGCUUCAUUCUGAACCUUAUCAAGAGGAUCUGACUGAGAGCUCACUGCAGUUAGAGCUGAGCACUUUGGAAAAGCUUGACCGCCACUCUAGUAGGGAGAGGCUCUGGACAGAUGAAUACCUUUUCUUCGGCUUGUGAGGCUUCCCACUAUUUAUUACUAAACUAUCAUGUUAAUAAAGAUGGACAUUUUAGGAAUCACCAAUGGCUCCUUGCCCUCAAGCAAUAUAGGCCAGACUUGGUCCUAAGCACCUGCCUCAGCAAUUGCCUACAUUCAGUUAGUUGUUUUGCAUCACGUCUGCCUUCUUUCCUUUAGGGUCCGUGCCUUUAAUGUUGUCCACAUUAAGCACUGUGGAUCACGACAGGAAGAAGGUUGGAGUAGUGCUUUUUAUUACUUGUAUCAAUCCAGGCUACAAUCUUCAUUUAAUAUAAAUAAACUCUAAUUUAUGGGUUUAUGACAUUACAGUCCUGCAUUCUUUCAAGACUUCAAGACUGACAUUUUUUCGUAAGGAAGGAAAUAAUCAUCUAAGACCA